AUGUACCAGUUCCACCAAGAACAGCUUUCCUAUUCGUUGCUGGCAGCGCAAGAGAAGAAGCUAAAAGCUCGCAAAAGCUGGGUUAUGACAAGCCCGGGGUCCGAGAGCUUCAUCAAACUACCAAAUGAGGAGAUCCUCUUCAGUUCGCCUCAACGAACGAGCCUCCAACUCUCUACCCCAAACACAUAUCCCGGGUCCCAACCGUACUCUGCCAAGAGCGAUGGCGGAAUCGUCUACAUCACAAACCAACGAAUAGUCUAUCUACCCACAACACCGACCGCCGAACUCCAAUCCUUCUCCUCCCCAAUCCUCAACCUACAAGAUACCUUCGUCCGCGCACCCUUCUUCGGUGCCAAUUACUGGACCGCAAACGUGAAGCCUGUCUCAGGAGGGGGCAUUCCCCCCACGAAUUCUGCUAUUGAACUACGAUUAACAUUUCGUGAAGGCGGUGCAUUCGACUUCCACAAUACCUACGAGCAAAUAAAAGAGCGGUUAUACCAAGCAUAUAUGGUGGCCCGAGAAAGUGGUCGGGCGGGAGACUCAAACAUGGAUUUCGGAAACGUCCAUUUAGAACAAUUGCCUGCGUACGAGGCGUGCAGCACGGUAGAGGAUGGCGAUGAGCUAGAAGCACCUCCUUAUGAGUCACCGAGAGAGGUAGAGAAUCAAGAGGAUGAGCCGAGAAUAUUAAGUCCAGUUCCUAUACGGCCGACGAGGGAUACGACCAUUGGGGUAGAAAAGUCCAGUAGCAAUAGCUAG